AGUUUGACGCCUACGGUUUUACGUCGAAUAAUUCCGUGAAAAACCUUUGACUUCAAACUUUCUAUUUGUUCUCUUCAAAGCCUCGUCUUCUUCUAAAUCCACAAAUCUCUCAACUUGUCCCUCUAAUUCAUGUACUAAAUCUCCAGUUUUCGUCUCUGGUAAUUUAUGUGUUCAAUUGUAAAAUAUGUUUGAUUGUGGUUACAAAUCCCAUUAUAUGGAUGGCCAACGAGAGAAGUUUGUCAGGUUGGACGACCUGGACUCCAGAUUAUCAUCAUCUUCUGAUGCAGGAGUUAAAAGAUGUGGAUUUAACAUUGACAGUCUAGGGCGCACUGUUCAUCCCAACAAUUCAACAUCUUUUAAGAAAGGAAUCAGAAAGGGAUCUGAAGGACUUAGGUCAAUAGGUCGAUCACUUAGAUUUGGGGUUUCUCGUGCAGUUUUUCCAGAAGAUCUUAAAGUGUCAGAGAGGAAGAUAUUUGAUCCUCAGGACAAAUUCCUCUUGUCAUGCAAUAAAUUUUUUGUUGUAUCAUGUAUUCUGGCUGUAUCUGUGGAUCCUUUGUUCUUUUACCUUCCAGUCAUUGAUGCAUCAUCAAAUUGUCUAGGCAUGGACGGAAAAUUAGCAAUUACUGCAACAACGCUGCGUACGGCUAUCGAUGCUUUCUAUCUUAUUCACAUGGCUCUACAAUUUCGGACAGCUUUUAUUGCCCCAUCGUCUCGGGUUUUUGGAAGAGGUGAACUUGUCAUAGAUCCGGCAAAAAUAGCAAAGCGAUACAUGCGGCGGUAUUUCAUUGUUGAUUUUCUUGCUGUGUUUCCCCUACCACAGAUUGUUGUUUGGAGAUUUCUUUUGAGAUCUAAUGGUUCAGAUGUACUGGCAACAAAACAGGCCUUGUUUUUCAUUGUCUUGUUUCAGUAUGUCCCUAGAUUGCUUCGUAUGCUGCCCUUAACUUCAGAGCUGAAAAGGACUACAGGUGUCUUUGCUGAAACUGCUUGGGCCGGUGCUGCAUAUUAUUUGCUACUAUAUAUGCUUGCCAGUCAUAUAGUUGGGGCAUUGUGGUACUUAUUAGCUCUAGAACGUAAUGAUACUUGCUGGCAGAAUGCUUGUCAAGAAACUUCAGGUUGUAAAAAUGAUUUCCUAUAUUGCGGAAAUCAAAAUAUGAUAGGUUAUAGUGAUUGGAAGAGCAACAGUACUGCUGUUCUGCAGUCAGCGUGCCCAGCCGGGGGUGAUAAUCCCCCAUUUGAUUUUGGAAUCUUCACAAAUGCAUUGGCAUCUGGCAUAGUUUCAUCUAAUAAAUUUAUCUCCAAGUACUGUUACUGUUUGUGGUGGGGACUGCAGAACUUGAGUACACUUGGUCAAGGCCUUCAAACGAGCACCUUCCCUGGAGAAGUGAUAUUUUCCAUUGCACUAGCCAUUUUUGGACUCAUCCUCUUUGCUCUUCUGAUUGGCAAUAUGCAGACUUAUCUUCAGUCAUUGACCAUCCGGCUUGAGGAAAUGAGGAUUAAAAGGCGUGAUUCAGAACAGUGGAUGCAUCAUCGCAUGCUCCCAGCAGAACUUAGGGAACGAGUUAGACGUUAUGACCAGUAUAAGUGGUUGGAAACACGAGGAGUGGAUGAAUCGAGUUUGGUUCAGAGCCUUCCAAAGGAUCUUAGAAGGGACAUCAAGCGGCACCUCUGUCUAGCUUUGGUUAGGAGGGUACCUUUAUUUGAGAACAUGGACGAGAGAUUACUUGAUGCCAUUUGUGAGCGCCUGAAGCCAUGCUUAUUUACAGAGCACACUUACAUAGUCCGAGAAGGAGAUCCAGUGGACGAGAUGCUCUUUAUUAUACGUGGCCGCCUUGAGAGUGUAACUACAGAUGGUGGAAGAAGCGGGUUCUUCAAUCGUGGUUUACUGAAAGAAGGAGAUUUCUGUGGAGAGGAGCUUUUGACCUGGGCACUGGAUCCCAAAUCUGGAAUUAACCUUCCAUCCUCAACCCGGACAGUCAAGGCUAUAACAGAGGUCGAGGCUUUUGCUCUAGAAGCUGAAGAGUUAAAGUUUGUGGCCACUCAAUUCAGGCGCCUUCACAGUAGACAGGUUCAACACACCUUCAGGUUCUACUCACAACAGUGGAGGACAUGGGCUGCGUGCUUCAUCCAAGCUGCAUGGCGUCGCUACUCCAAGAGAAAGAAAAUGGAACUUUUCCACAAGGAAGAAGAAGAAGCUGAAGCAGAAACUUCAGAUGGCACCCACAACAACAAACAGGGAGGUUCUUAUAGUAUUGGCGCCACAUUCUUAGCUACAAGGUUUGCAGCAAAUGCCCUUCGUGGUAUACACCGAAACAGGAAUGCCAAGACUGCCCGGGAACUGGUGAAGCUGCAAAAGCCUCCAGAACCUGAUUUUACAGCCGAAGAUGCAGAGUAAUAUGUGUGAUGUAUUGAAAGACAUUUAUCUCGCAGAUGACUUGCUACUUUUUGUGAUUUUCAAUCUUUGGGAAUUAUAAUUAUUGCAAAGGGUGUUAAAAGAAACAUAUCAGCUGUAAUAUUUAAAGCUUGUAUGUUGAUUUAUUUAUGAACCAUGUUUCCGAAUC